CAUACAAAUUAUUCUAGUGGUUCAGAAAAAUAAGAGAAGGAAUUAAUAAUGACAUGCAAUUAUUUGGGAAUAGAUACUUAUUUGCAAAGGUUACCGCUGCUCAUCAUUGUCGUUACAUCGGGACAUGCCUAUUUAUAUUUUACUGAAAAAAUUCCUAAUGGGGAAAAUGUUCCCCAUCCUUGCAAACCGAACUACAUGUGGAAAGGUGUAGGGCACAAAAACAAGAACGGGGGAGGAGAAAGGAACCCGUUUGGAUUGGAUUUCUACAACCAAGGAAAGGUGUGGAGUGAGUCCCUCUGCAGAAUGGACUCAGAUGGAGACGGAAGAACAAAUGGAGAGGAAUUAGGAGAUCCAAACUGUUUAUGGAUGGAAGGCAAAAUUCCGGACUCUGUAACUGGAAUAACACACCCUGGCGUAUGUGAACCCAUGAACAGUACGUUUUGCAAGCAGAGGAACGACUGGGUGGAUUGUUCUUCUGAGUCCUUUCAGUGCGACGCUUUAAAGCAGGAUCCCGAGCUGAGGAACAUAACAUUCCAAUUUCCAAGAACAGUUGUACCUGCAAAGGAAACAAACUAUUUCUGCAUGUCUUUCGAAUUUCCUCAAGAUGGCGACUACCACAUGAUAGCAACAGAGCCGAUCAUUGACAAUGCACAUGUCAUGCAUCACAUCCUCUUAUUUGGAUGUACACAAAAAUCAUCUGUUAGUAUGGAUAAACCUGAACAUUGUGGUAUGAGUGUUGGCGACUGUUUUGAUAUCAUUGGUUUGUGGACAGUUGGUGCAUCAGGGGAGUGCUUUCACAGGGAUAUAGGUUUCAGACUUGGACAACACGGCUAUAAAUACUUCGUCUUACAGAUUCAUUGGAACAACCCACAAAAGAAAUCAAAUUACUUUGAUGGCUCAGGAAUGGUUCUACACUAUACUCCUAGCAAACGCAUUGCUGAUGCAGGGAUUUUAACCAUAGGACAGGGUUAUUUUGAGAUACCCCCACAAAGAGAGGAAGUGAUUGUCACUGGUCAUUGUGAAAAUAUAGCCAUGAACGGCUCUAUAUACUUUACACGAGCUCUGAACCACAUGCAUUACCUUGGUAGAAAGAUGAAAAUAGAACAAUUUCGCGGAGGAGAAAAAAUACGAUAUAUUACCAAUGAAGAUAACUAUAACUAUGAUUCACCUGUAAUUACAGAAUACUUGAGUCCACUUGAACUUAAAGCCGGAGACACCCUUAAAACAACUUGCACCUUCAAAUCCACAUCCAGAACCAAGACAGUGUUUUAUGGAGAUGGAACAAAUGACGAGAUGUGUCUUGGAUUUCUGACUUACUAUCCAAAACAGAACAUGGACCAACCUUUCUGUGUUUCCCAUCGAAACCUGGAUCAAAUGCAAUUGUUUAUUUCACAGGAGUAUAGAGGAUGCCGGCAUUGGGAUUUUCUGUUGUCACAGUCAGAAGAGGUUAGAAAUAUUAAGUUCAAGGUUAUUGAUAAUUGUAGACCAUUACGAGGCUGCCUGUCUGAGUGUCUGUCUGUAGUAAAGACUGUCAGAAAUCAUGCAUGUUUGAAGAAGGAUGUGGGACACUGGAUAAAAAAUCAUGCCUUAUAUAGCCUGGAUCAAAGAGUCAAUAGAACGGAAAUGACACAGUUUUACAUGGGGAUAUCUUCCUGUGACAAGGAAUUAGAACAAAUCGAAAACAAAUUUUCGUCAAGUGGUAACUCUGUAUCGAUUUCAUUGUUCUCUUUAUUUUAUUGUGUGCUUCAUGGUUUGUUUAUGUCAGAAAAUGUUUAUUUUAACUGAUAGAACUAAUAAUGUUCUCUAAGUUCUCUAUAAUCCGUGUUUUUUUUUAAAUUGUUAU